AGUCAGUGUUUUUGUCAUCAAGUUGAGGUUAGCUGAUAGAACUAAAUAAUUUUCAAAUUAAAGGUUUCCAAUGAAUUUUAAAUAAAAUAAUUGCCAUAAUAUGAUUCUUAAUUUAUGUAUUUGGUGCACCAGGAUCAUACUAUAUAGUUUUGUUUGGGAAAAAUCUACUACUGUACCUAGUUUUUCCAUACAGAGCGGUGGAGGCUUUUAAUAAAUGUAUUAAGCUUAAAUGUUGAAAACCUGUCCUGGAACAUUUGUGAAAGGUGUCCGGAUAAGAGGGAGUCUACUGUAAUGGCAUUUAUCGUGUUGCACAUCUCAAAUUUACAUUUAUAUUGAUUAAUACGUUAACUGUGGAAAGAAGGAUAUUAACUUUGUAAACAUGAGUCAUAAAAAACCACCAGUUUUACGCCCUCAUGAAGAAGAAGAAAUUUUAAAUUUUAUCUUAGAAAAGGCUAAACAAGGCGAUCAGGUUAAACGUGAAGAGGUUCUUGACCUAGUAAUAAAGUUUCUCAAAUCAGACAAUCGUAAAAACCCUUUUAGGAAUGGAGUUCCGGGUGAUAAAUGGUUUUCACUUUUUAGAAGAAGACACAACAGUCAUUUUUCAAAGCUGGAAAAAGAACAUCUUAUCAUUUUGGAGCGAAUUGGUUUCACCGAGAAAGUGCUGAAUACAGUGGUCUACAAACCGAUUUCUGGGGUCAAGAGACCAAUAAUUGUGGAUUCAUCUUGGUCAAUGACUCCAAAGAGGAAAAGAAAGCCCAAGGAGUUCAAGGAAUAUGUGAGUAGUACUCCGAACGAGGGACGUCUAAGCAAAAGUUAUUAUACACCAUCCUCGAGCCAUAGUACUCCAGGGAUGACAAAUAUCACUCCAGGGACGUCCAAUAGCAUGCAAGCUAUCAGCGUCAACAGGGUGGAUAUUACUGAGUCACCUGGGAGCGAUGACAGUAGCAAUGUCAACACUGACGAUGUAGAGAGAGAGAGUCAAGUAAAUUUGGGAGAUUGUAAAGACUUUGAGCAAGGCGACAAACUCGAAGUGAUGGAUUUUAAUGAUGACAAGUGGUACCCAGUAAGAGUUGUGGAAAUAGACAACGAGGAAGGAGAAAUUCUUGUACACUUUGAGAAGUGGUCUAACCGAUACGACGAGUGGGUUCGAAUGGACAGCAAUAGAAUACGGCGUCCUCAAAUACCCUCUGGUAAUUCCUCCAAGAAGGUGUUUACGGUGAAUGAAAAGGUGCUAGCAGUUUGGGCGUAUAACGAAAAGUAUCCAGCCACUGUUAAGAAAGUUUUGCCCAACGAUAAGUACGAAGUUCUGUUUAGUGAUGGUUAUGCCAAAAUUUUGCGAGGCUGUAAGUUGUACAAGGCUACUGAAGAAGAUCUAAAAAACAUUAAGUUGCCGCCCCCAAAAGAGCCAGCCCCUCCCAUGGGUGCUGAUCCAUUAGACCCAAAUUUGGGGCCGAAAGAAGAAAGGCGACUGAAGAAACGGAGACUGGACGUCUACGAAGCUUUGCGACCUCAGAAAAAGCAGAGACUGGACCACUCAGAGGAAAGUAUGCCAAGAUCUGCAUCGCCGUCGCCGACUCGUAUUCCGCUGUCCAAGCAUAAGGAGACAUUCAGGGUGGUGCUGCGCGGCCGACCCAGUAUGCAUUCAGAUGAGAGCGAGGGUGAUGACAACGAAGGAUGGGAUGAGGGUGAAAACGAGUCUGACCUAGAACCCACCGGGGACUCUGAACCAAAGAGGAGACGGAGGCGGAAAAAGAAAGUGUCGCUAGACAACAGUGAGCACAGGCAGUACCAGUACCGCAACAGACACACGCCUGAAGAGGACCCUGACAGAUGGGACAUGGAGAUACCUGAGGGAGUCGUUCCUGUGCAGAUCAAGGAUAGUGAAGGUUACUACCGGGAGUCAAUCAUCAUCCCAGACAAGAAGUUGCCGGCUGGCUGGACCAAACACACAAUGAGGCGCAAGACUGGAGUCAAAUGGGACGUCUUUCUAGUCAAUGCGGACGGUCGCAAGUUUAGGUCUCGUAAUGAGCUGCGUAACUACUUUGCUGAGCUAAAAGUUCCGUUUCCUGACGAAAGCUUUGACUUCAUGGUUGGGCGUAAGAUGGAGAUGAUUCGCUCGCAGACUGACGGAAGGAGGAAACCAAUAGAAAAUUUGAUCACGCCACCAACCAAGAGUUCACCUGCAGUAAAAAAAUCAGAGAAGAAAUCAGUUCCAAAGACUGAGCCCACACCGGACUCCAAAAAAAUGAAAGCGACGCCCAAAGCACAAUUGAAAGAGGAGAAAAAAGGCGAGCAGUCUCCAAAACCGCAAACUGAAGCGACUACUCCCACCUUACCAUCUGCUUUAGCUGGUAAGCUUCGGACUCCUGAUGGUGGUUACACAUGCUGCGGGAAGUCGUUCAGGAAAGAAAACCUUUUUCAAAUGCACAUGAAGCACUACCAUCCUGAGUACAGUAACUUUUUUGGCUCGACACCCAAUGUGGCUGACCUGGCGUAUGCUCGGACAGUGGGCGAACCCUUAGAGGACUCUAGGGCGGAGGCUAUGACCCCAAAGAACACGCUGGCUGAGCGAGUCUCCAGGUAUGAAGCUGACAAACAAAAGAAAACUCCUGAACCUUCAGAAGGGGCCAGUCCAGGAUUGAAAAUCAAGAUCGUCAAAGAUUCAAAUUCAACAAUGAAAACAGAGAUGGUCGAGGAACCAAAGACUUUGGAAAAAGAGGUGAUAAAGGAAGAACAACCAGUUCCAGAAUCUAAAGAAGAAGGAAUAGACAAAAAAGAGGAAGAAGAAACAAAGGAAGUAGCUAAAGAAACGGAUGAAAAAAAGGCUGAGUCGCCAAGUGAGGUACCUCCUGACCAAAGCGAGGAAGGAGAGAUUACAACUGAAGAUAGCCCGGAAAAUGAAACUAGUGCCGAGGAGGAAGAGCCGUCGGAAAAACCAGCCUCUGUUCCUGAUACUGCACAACUACCACCACCACCGACCCCACCCCCUGCAGUACCUCCCCCCUCAUCAUCCACCUCACUGCCUGUCAUCAAACCUGUCAUCUCCAAGGUUGGAUCGUCAGAAGCAGUGAUGACGACUUCCUCUCCCAAGACUCCUAUUACCAUCACCAAGUAUGUUCCGCCCGGCCACACCAAAAGUGCAUCCGAGAACAAAUCUCUCAAGGUCACCAUUUCAGACAAAGAAUGUAAGCCUACAAUUAAGACAUUGUUGCCAGUUCGACCCCCUCCCCCAGCUGCACCAGCCCCUGAACCAACCAUAGCUGAGCCCCAGAAACCUAAGGAGGUCAAAAUAAAAGAAGAGUCAGACGAAGAAGCUUCAAGCUCUCAAACACCAAAGUCGAGGCCUCGCAAGCGGACAGUGUCGGAGCCGAUGCUGAAGAAACCCAAACUAUCCAAGGCAGUCACAGACUCCCUGGAAGAAGAGGCAGCUGUCGCAGCUGAGCCGACCCCAUCCACCAGCUCAGGGGCUGGUACACCUGGUCCGUCGAGUUCCGGAUACAGGUUCUCUCGCAACCGGACGCCGGUGCCUCGGGUAUCUCUUGAGAAACUUAAUGUAACACAUGACAGCAAAGGACGCGUAGUUGUCGCACCAGUUGAGGAAAACAAUAAAACUGACAAUACCGAGAGUAGAAGACAUGUAAAGAAAUUUAAAACAGCAAAUAACAUUAGUAAGAAACCAAAAGGCAUAAGCAGCAGUGAAGAAGCUGCAUCCAAGACAGAACCAACUGAAGCGACUCCAGCAUUAACUGUUGAAACUGCAGCAACCACUUCUGCGACUGCAGAGGAGAGCGACUUGUGCGAUAAUCUGCGGAAAGAAGAGAUAAUCAACUGCACAUGUGGCUUUACUGAGGAAGACGGACUCAUGAUACAGUGUGACUUGUGCCUGUGCUGGCAACACGGAUAUUGCAACAAUAUCAAAGAGGAGGCAGAGGUGCCUGAGAAGUAUGUCUGCUACAUCUGUCUGCAUCCUGCUCGUCAAAGAGAGUCCAUGCGCCACUGCCACAACCAGGACUGGCUCAAGGAGGGCAAACUAAGCAGUUUCUCAUUCAGCAAGAAAGACUCUGUGGUCAGUGAACAGAGGGAGCAGAUGCUGAAGAAGUCUCAUGAUUUGUCAGCCUCUGUGCUGCAGCUGGAGACUGUCAUUCACAGCCUCAAUGUCAAGACACACAUUGCCACAAUGAAGCAAGAUCAUCCAAAACUCUACUUGUGGGCUAAAAGCUGGAAAGACAACAGCCCGGAUGUUAAAAAUGAAAAUGAACAAAUCAAAACAGAUGUGGUAGGACCUCAGCCUGAGGCAGCCAUUGACACCAAGGAGUGUAGACUAAGGUUGCUGGAGCACAUAGAAGACUAUCAGACUAAAGUGGAGGAUAGACUGACAUCUAUAGAUGCCGCAUUAUCAGUGUUGGAGGCUGAAGAUCCGGAACUGUCCAGUGAUGUGUCAGAUGCUCGGAUGAAGCAGACGAUGCAACUUUUGUUAAGAGAUCUCUCCACACUGAAGGAGGUUGCAGAGUUGAACAUGUGAAUCACCAAGAAUUUACAUUAAUAGAUAUUAAUUUGUUUGUCGUUUGACCGUUUUUGUAGUGUUUGUAGCAAAUGGAGUGAAUAUGUGGAGUUGAACAGUAGAGAAAUGCACUGGUUGUAUGUUUUUUAAGGUAUGUUUUGUUCUAAACUGUUUCUGGGUAGUAUUAUUAGGCUUUCAAAAAUAUGAUUCUGGUUUUAAGUUUCAUUUCGUUACAGCACAUCAGGAUGUUAAUUUGUUUCCAGUAUGAUUGUUCUAAUGCAUUUUAUUGAGAUUGCUUUGAUUAAUAUUUUACUUUUUUAAAUCAGGUUUCUGUUACCACAGUUCAAACAUUGGUCCUAGAUGUUAAACAAAGACUUUAAACUUCUGAAUUGAUUAUAAAUAAUUUUUGCUUAUAACAGGAUUUUAGUUUUUGUGUUUGUAUUUGUAUAGAGCCAGUAAUAGUUCUGCCUCCUCUCAAAAGGGAAUAUUUAUUUAAAUAUAGGCCUACCAGUUUUUUGUUUGUUUGAGAACUGUUGUUUUAAUAGGAUUGAAAAAACUACUAGUGUCUUUAAUUUAACUCUGAAAACUACUCAGCUAACUGAUUAACUGUAAAGUAACACUAUCAAAAUUGUAGAUCUGGAGUAGGUUUGUACAAUUAUAUGUAACUUUAUUUUUCUUGUAUUUUGUCAAGAAAUAUUUAAUUAUUGUUUUUCUUUAAAAGUUUUAAAUGUUUGAGAAUGUUUAGGAAGUGGGUGAAUUGGGAAAUUGUAGUUUUGAACAAAUGUACAUAGUGUAAACCAAAGAGAACUCCUUUCCAAGUUUGACAUCACAAAAACUCUGUAAUUACCUUUGGCUCACCCUUUGAAACGUAGAGUGAUACAUGUCAGAAUAAUAUAAAAUAAAAAAAAUAUGUAUUUAGUAGAUUUUAACAGGAAAUAUAUCAAUAUGGUGUUAAAGCAGUCACUUAAAACAGGAUUGUGAUAUGUGUUGUAAAUUAAAGCCAAGCAUAGUUUUCUAAAUAAUAUGUGACAUUAAAUGUACCAAUAAAGCAAAAAAAAAGGUCUGAAACAAAUUUUGAUAUCUUUAUUCUUGUACC